AUGGGAUCUUUUGACACCGAAGCCUCUGAUGGGCUCGAGAACGCAACUUACGACUUUGUGAUUGUCGGAGGUGGAACUGCUGGCCUCGUGGUAGCAAAUCGACUCACAGAAAACCCCAACAUUAGGGUCCUCGUCCUGGAGGCUGGAACAAACCGUCUUAAUGAUCCCCGGAUCAAUAUCCCGGGCCUGGGUCCGGCCACCUUUGAAGACGAUAAUUUCGAUUGGAACUUCCGAUCCAUUCCCCAGGAACAACUCAAUGGCCGCAAACUCUUAGCGAACAAAGGUCGCACUUUAGGAGGCUCCUCGGCGAUCAAUUUGGGAAUGGUCAUCUAUCCAUCUCGGUCCGGUUUAGAUGCCUGGGAGGCACUGGGCAACCCCGGGUGGGGCUGGGACGGGUUAGCCCCGUAUAUUCGCAAGUUCCACACGGCCUCGCCCCCAUCGAGUGAGAACCGUCUAUUCUUCAAGGGAAUGAAAUAUGACCAGCAUGAUCAGGGUAAUGAAGGUCCCGUGCAAGUGUCAUUCGGGGACCAGUACAUGCCUUAUCAUUCGGCUUGGAUGGACACCUUCAAGACUCUUGGAUAUCCGCAGGUCGAAGAUCCAAUCAACGGGGCCGGUACAGGCCCCUUUGUGAGCCCCGGUGCUGUGGAUCCAAUUACCCACACCAGAAGUCAUUCUGCAGCCGCGUACCUGACACUGGAGGUACAAGCUCGUCCCAAUCUGCGAGUCGUGACCGGAGCCUUGGUUGAAAAGCUCUUGUUGGAGAAGCGGGAGAACGAAGUUGUCGCGACUAGUGUUCGAUUCACCAAGAAUUCACAUGUUUACACGGUGUCGGUCGAGAAGGAAGUUAUCCUUGCGGCCGGAACAACACAAUCCUCUCAAAUUCUAGAAUUGUCAGGUAUUGGAGAUGAAAAGAUCCUCCAAUCUCACGGGAUUCCAACAGUCAUCAAUAACCCCGGCGUUGGAGAGAACCUGCAAGAUCACGGGAUUGUCUCGUUUGGAUACGAGGUCGCAGACGGCAUGCCAUCAGGCGAUAUGGCGAGGGACCCGGCAAUUGCGGCCGCUGCAAUGGCAGCUUAUCAAAAGGAUGGCUCGGGCCCUCUCGGCAUGCUAUUGCCCCGAGAAGAAGAACCAAAGCGUCUCUUUGGUCUCGGGCAUCCGGGAUUCUUCAUUAGCAUUGUUUCUCUGCUCAGCCACCCCCUAUCACGGGGGUCCGUCCAUAUUCAAUCUUCCGAUCCCAAGGCGGCUCCUAUGAUCGAUCAUGGAACACUCCGUAACUCGGUUGAUCUGGAGCUGCAUGCUCGCCAUAGUAUGUGGAUGGACAAGAUUGCAGAGGCGGAGCCGCUAGCAUCACUACUGAAAAAGGGUGGUGAGCGCCUGCACACACCGGAACCGCUGACAGACGUAGAGAAGGCAAAGGAGCUGUGUAAAGAGCUCGUCUUGUCUAUGUAUCAUGUCAGUGGGACCUGUGUCAUGAUGCCGCGGGAAGAUGGAGGCGUUGUGGAUUCCCAUUUGAAGGUGUAUGGAUCGGCAAAUAUCCGGGUUGUCGAUGCUAGCAUAUUCCCCUUGGAACCGAGAGGCAACAUCCAAGCGACUGUGUUUGCAGUUGCUGAGAAGGCGGCGGAUAUCAUCAAGCAGGGUCUGAAAUCAAGUUCUUGA